GUUGCCAACAGAAGCCGGUGGAGUACAGAGCGGUGCUCACCGACGUGCCGCGCCGCGCCUCGAAGCAUACAUUCUUCAGGGUGGAACUCAUCUCCGUAAGUGUCUGGGCUGCAUGUACGCUACUCCCAAGCCGCCUUACGUAAACGCUGGGCUGGAUAAAUUUAGAGUUUAUAGUUGCCGAGAAACAUAAAUAGAUAACCGAACUAUACAGUGCCCGUGACCUUGUUAGUGGUGACACUUACGUAACGCUAUAUACAUGAGGGGAAGGUCCUCGAGCAUUGUGACGAGGGCGGCCAUGUUGUGACGUGCUCUUCAGCUGGGAUAUAAAGACAGCGGCAAAGUUGCACUCUGACGUAUGGUGUGUCCGUGGUCUAGCAGAUACACAGCAGCAGCCGUCCUCUUACCUCAGGGAGCGCUGGGGUCGUCAGAGCUCCAGAAGUGCAUCAGCUGGCCUCCAGUCAUCUCAAGAAACGCGUGCUUCCGUCGUCAUAGCAACAACGACAACGACAAACCCAGAGCUACGGGAACUCAGAAGCGCCUUCUGCUUUCGUCGUGCCAUUUGUUACAACGUGCCAACCGGUCAUUGAUGAGAAAUUUCGGUGGCAUACGUUCGAAGACACUGAAGCAGCAGCGUCCGUAUAAUCUUCAUAAUCUUACGUCAAGAAGUCACAGUUUAAUCGUUGACUCUGAUACGACCAGAGAGGGUACGAAAACAUUGGCACAUCUGAACAGAUAUCAUUAUCAGUUCCCGUUAGAUCUGCAAGGGUGGCCACGAAGAUGGACUCAGACUGUAUUAUUCCCCCACAUUAGUGCUGUAAUUUAGAGACUGCUCUAAUUAAUACGUUGAAUAAUAGGCAUAGUACAACAGAAUGAAUGGAGUGCAAACACUUGCUCGCUUCUUGUCACUAAGUGAACUCGCCAAUUAGGAAUACGUUCCACAUUUGAAUAAGUUUAAUAAUUUUUUCAGUGACUGUUCAUCGCAGAAAUUAAAGGAAUACACUUUGGCAAUAUACGCUUUCAACACCACGCAAUAUACACACCCGUACGUGAGGCAUCAGACAACCAGCACAGCAGCACUUUGAAUACACUGAGAUGGAACCACUUCCACGAAGAAACGCUGGAGGCCUUGCACCAAUCUUGGGAUGGAGCAACGAUUCACCAAGUUUAAGCCCAGCAGUGACACCAAAAACACCUGCGGGAACGGAUGAAACACCAACCUCGCCUCAGAACAAGUCUGUAGCCAGCAGCGGCAUUGGUCCAGACUCUCCUACCAGAACUGUAAGCUUCAGCUCCAACGAUUUCUCCCCGACUCUGUCCAGCAUCGGAUGUGAACCGUCAGCCUUGUGCCCGUCUACAUCUUCUGCAGAAUCGCGGCAAACAGCCAGACAACAAAACGCCAGUUCCUCUCCUCCUCCACCUGUCAAGAACGGUGAUGUCCUUCCCGUAGGGAAAUCUCCCAUAAGAACAGUUAUAACCGAGAAUCCUAUCUGUGAUAAUGUCGUUAUCAAAUUCCGGGACAACGAAGGUGACGAUAAAGACGCCGAAUCUGAAGCAGACUCCAUAUGCAGCAGCGAGUCGGGGAAUGACGAGGAGAAGACGAAUAAAAUACCUGACGGCGGUUGGGGGUGGGUCGUCGUCUUGGCGUCAUUUAUAAUCAGUAUGAUUGCUGACGGUAUUAGCUUUUCCUUUGGUUUACUGUAUAUCAAGUUUCUUGAGCACUUCGGCGAGAGUAAGAGUAAGACUUCUUGGAUCGGGAGUCUCUUCAUGGCUGUGCCUCUCCUCUCCGGCCCUAUUGGCAGUUCGCUGGUCGAUCGGUACGGCUGCAGGAAAAUGACAAUCAUCGGAGGAAUCGUUUCUGGAAUCGGCUUCACAAUGAGUGCCUUUGUCAACAGCAUCGAACUCAUGUACACUACGUUUGGGGUCAUAGCAGGUCUGGGUUUAGGGCUAUGUUACGUCACUGCGGUGGUAUCCAUCGCGUACUGGUUUGACAAGAAGAGGGCUCUGGCUACAGGGCUCGGAGCGUGUGGGACUGGUGCAGGCACCGUCGUGUAUGCACCGAUGACACAGUACUUCAUUGAGGAAUACGGCUGGCGUGGAACAGUUCUCUUGCUGGCAGGGACGUUCUUUAACAUGUGCGUGUGUGGCGCAGUAAUGAGAGACCCGGAUUGGUGGGUCCAGGAGCAGAACAAAUUAGCGAGUCUAGGCAACAAAUCCGCCAGAGGAACAUCUUCAUGCGGCUCCAUCUCCGGAAGAAGUGGGGCUGACAGUGACUUCCCAGGUGUCGAGGAAAUUCGGAAGUUGCUCAAGAGUGGCCAGACACCGGAGUAUCUGCUCACAACACUCGCCGGUAACACCCCGGUGCCGUCACAAGAUGUCACAUCAUCCACUGACGUCGAACAUGUCACGUCAUCCAGAUCGGUGAUCAAUCUGCCAACUUUUAUACGUCAGAAGGAAAAGGUGCCACUGGAAGUCCUCGAGUCUCUGAGCUCCAGCAAACGGGUGUACAAUCUGAUCCUGGAGAACUACCCCAGCCUCUUGUUGUGCCGGAGUCUCAGUGACAACGGCAAGCUGAAUGCCAUCCCCGAGAGCUUCGUGCUGCCUGCCCGGGUGCCCGUCGCGGCCAUCAGGGCAACUAAACCCCCGACGUCACACGCCGACACCAGACAUCACCAAUCAGAAGAUCACAUAGACACUCCUCUCCUCGAGAAACAUGACCAAGAUGAUCACAGGGCUAUUGCAAUCAUCAGCAGAUCACCAAAGUCAUCAAUAAGAAAGCACGACAGACAUGAGCCAGUGCCCUCCCUAAUGAAGAAGCAGGCGUGCUCGGCAAGUCAGGCUUCCCCACACUACCUAAAGAAUAUUCGUGUCCACAGGAACUCCGUGAUGUACCGAGGAGCCAUGCUGAACAUCCAUAAAUACCGCCUCAGGGCCUCGUCCUGUCCCGACAUUUACCGCAACUCCAUGACAACCAUCGCAAAGGAGAAUGAGGAGAAAUGGUACGCGGACAUCCUGGAGUUGCUGAAGGGCAUGGUGGACGUGUCCAUGUUUCUGGAGUGGCACUUCCUCCUCAUGUCACUCUCUACGAUCCUGCUCUUCACGUGGUUUAUCGUCCCCUACUUCUACCUAGCAGAGAUCAUGGUUCGAAACGGCUAUUCCGAGCAAGAGGCUUCAACCCUUCUCAGCAUCAUCGGCUUCAGCAACUUCUUGGGAAUGAUAUUUUUGGGUUGGGCCGGAGACCAGCCGUGGAUGAACGUGACAAAGGCGUACGCUGCAAACCUGGUGCUGUGUGGAAUAACUAUACUGCUGAUGCCAAUAUUUGUGCGGAGCUACUGGCUGCUCACCGCGACAGUGGCCCUGUUCGGCCUGUUCUUCGCGUCCAGUUUCUCCUUCACGCCACCCAUACUCGUGCAACUCAUUCCUCUGGAGAGAUUCACAACAGCUUACGGCCUCACUCUGCUGUGCCAAGGCAUCGGAAACCUCCUGGGGCCCCCUCUUGGAGGACUGAUGUUUGACAUCACACUAAGCUGGGACCUGUCGUUCUUUAUGGCCGGGAUAUGGAUAGUUGUGUCCGGAAUAUUGGUCUGGCUUAUCCCGGUAACAAGGAACCGAGUUCUCUGGGGGUCAGGGAGCCUCGAAAUGGACAUCGAGCGUGACAAAUCCAGUAGUGCCUAGGAAGGUUUCGCACGCACAGAACACAGAUCUUGCAUGGCGUGACUUCCAUAUUUAAAGGUGGUCAUGUUCCUGGGUCUCAUUUGUCAUCCAGAUUCAUUGCAACAUUUACAUUUACAUCACUAUUCAGCAAAUCGCCAUUACAUAUUUAGAGUUAGAAGUCGUUCCUUCACACAUUUUGUUGAGCCCUGUUGA